AUGGCGCUGCGGCCCGCGCUGCGGCGCAAGGUGGACGAGCUGUUCCUGCGCUGGCUGAGCGAGCCCGACACGCAGCGCCUGCUGCGCCGGGGCCUGCGCCGCGUGCGCGCAUGCGCGGAGCCGGGGCCCGCCGCGCGCGCCCACUGCGCCUGCGCGGGGCCUCCCAGCGCCGCGGCGCCGGCCCACUGCGCCUGCGCGGGGCCUCCCACGGCCGCGGCGCCGGCCCACUGCGCCUGCGCGGCGCCCCCGCCCGCGCCCGCCCGCGCCUGCGCGCUGCGUCCCAGCCCGGCUCCCGCCGCCCGCGCCUGCGCAGUGCGCAGCCCGCCGCCCUCGGCGCGGCCUCCAGGCGUAACCAUGACCCCUGACCACCAUGACCCCCUGACCCCUGACCCCGUGACCCCUAUGAACCCUGACACCGUGACCCUGCCUCGGUGGCUCCGGCCGCCGCCGCAGGCCGAGCCCAGGCCGGCCGCCGGGGUCGGGGGUCGGGGGUCGUGGCGGGCCGCGGCCCCCGACCUGCGCGGGGAGCUGGCCCUGCUGGCCCGGGGCGGCGACCUGGUGCUGCCCUCGCGCGUCAGGAGGCGGCUGCGGGCCGCGCAGCAGGCGCAGAGCCGCCGGGCGGCCCCCCCGAGCCCGCCGCCGCCCGCCGGCAGCCGCAGGAUCCCCAGCUUCCACUUCCCGCUGGGCCGGCCGCCGCCGCGGGCCGGGGACGUGGACGCCGGCAUCGCCCGCGUGGAGGCCGCCUUCGCCCGCCUGCCGCAGGAGAGGGCCACGGCCCGGGACAUGGGCGCCGUGGCCAAGGCCUGCGGCUGCCCGCUGUACUGGAAAGCCCCGCUGUUCUACGCGGCCGGCGGGGACCGCGCGGGCUCCGUGUCCGUGCACAAGUUCGUGGCCGUCUGGAGGAAGAUCCUCCACACCUGUCACGACGACGCGGCCAGGUUCGUGCACCUGCUCAUGGGCCCCGGCUGCAACUACCUGGUGCCCGAAGACUUCGUGCCCUUCCUGCAGGACGUGGUGAACACCCACCCCGGCCUGUCCUUCCUAAAGGAGGCAUCGGAGUUCCACUCGCGGUACAUCACCACGGUCAUCCAGAGGAUCUUCUACACUGUGAACCGGUCCUGGUCGGGCCGCAUCACCUGCACCGAGCUGAGGAGGAGCAGCUUCCUGCAGAACGUGGCGCUGCUGGAGGAGGAGGCGGACAUCAACCAGCUGACCGAGUUCUUCUCGUACGAGCACUUCUACGUCAUCUACUGCAAGUUCUGGGAGCUGGACACGGACCACGACCUGCUCAUCGACGCGCGGGACCUGGCCCGCCACGCCGACCACGCCAUCUCCACCAGGAUGAUCGACAGGAUCUUCUCGGGCGCCGUCACCCGGUAG